AUGGCCGCUCGGGUCCUAAAUUUCCCCAUGAUCGUUAUGUCGACCGUGUGGUUAAUUCCGGAGUCUCCUCGUUGGCUCUUGACGAAAGGCGAAGUCGGAAAGGCUCACGGUGCGUUGCUUCGUUUACGCUCCGGAACCUUGAGCCCUGAAGAGAUCGAAUCUGAAUUCGCCGACCUCCAACUUGCCCUUCAAAUGGAAAAAGAGCAGGGACGAUACAUUGAGAUAUUCCAGGGUAUCAACAGGAAGCGGACUGCUAUUAUUGUGGCACUUAACUUCCUGCAGCAGGCAACGGGCCAAGCGUUUGCAGGCUCCUAUGGCGCUAUCUUUGUGCGGAGCAUUGGAACCGUCAACCCUUUCAACAUGACCAUCAUUAAUGCAUCAGUCAACCUGCUGAUGUGUGGCGUCUCACUGUUUCUCAACGACCGGGUUGGCAGACGGCCAUUGCUCAUGGCUGGCGCAGCCUGGCAGGCAGCUGCCAUCAUAACCAUGGGUGGCUUAGGUACUAUCAGCAAUCCGUCAGUCGCUGUCAAGAAGGCCACAGUCGCGAUGCUGCCGCUCUUUGGCGGUGGCUUUUGCCUGGGAUGGGCACCUCUAGUAUAUGUUGUGACGACUGAAGUGACGUCGCUCCAUCUCCGGGACGCAUCCCAGCGUACUGCUGCCAUUGUUAACGUUGUCACUGCGUUUGCCGUCAACUUCUCCAUUCCUUACCUCCUCUUUGACCCUGUGAAUCUCGGCAGUCGCUUGGGAUUCAUCUUCGGCGCGGUUGCAGUCGUGUCUGUAUGCUUCACGUGGCUGUUUGUCCCCGAGUGCAAGGGCAAGUCCUUGGAGCAGAUUGACCUUAUGUUCAACCAAGGCGUUCCCCUCCGUCGUUUUGGGUCUUACAAACCAGCGGAUGUCGAAUUCGUCGAGGUGGAAGCAAAGCACGACGAUUAG